AUGAUCAGCGGAUAUGCUUUUGUUGCGCGUAACCUAAAGUGUGAUGCGGCUCUCCCGGCGACUGUUGUCAGGACUGCACGUCCCCUUUCCUUUCUGACCAAUGCCUGGGGCAAACUCUUCAAAGAUUCCAUGCAAAAACCCUCUGAGCAGCCAGCUCAGAACUUUCCCUUCAUGGAAGGUCCUCAGUUCCACCCUCAGCCAGCCCCGGGCUUGUUCCAGCCCGGCGGGUACGAGCAACAGCCCCGAGCAACCCCACGGCCUCGCUCUGUGCACCCGACACACCACCGCCCACUCAUCCAGCCAGCCCAGAAUCGUGAGGGCCACUUCCGCCCCUGGCAAGCAUCAGUAGCGCCUGCUCCCCCGAGCAGCGUCUCGAGCGAUGACACGCCCAGGCCGACCACUCCACCGCCCAGCAGCCGCAACAGCCCGACGCCAGCUCUUACCGGCGAAGAAUACGCUCGAAUGAUGGUGGAACUCUUCGUCGCCGACAACGGGCCCGUCACCAAGGAGCAGUUCGGGGAGCUCUUGCAGAGAUACAAGAACGACUUUGACCGGCUGAGGAGGGAAGAGCGCCGACGGACGGGUACGUUUGAGAAUCUGCGGCAGCUGGCCGACCAGCAAGAGGUGCGUACGGCCAAGGGGAACUGGAGCACCUGUCCCACGGCAGCGCAGUCGCAUAAUGGCCGCAGCCGCAUGCAGGCUCGUAGGGCGGCAAGGGUGUGGGAAUAUCUGAACACCGAAAAAUUCCAAGGCAUAACAGGCGAGGAAGAUGCUGCCCAGACCCAGAUCAAGGAGCGUCGGCAGCAACAAGAAACUCCACCAGCCACGGUUCCACCGGUUCCGCCCAGCACCCCUUUCCGAGACCCAACCUGCCAUAUUCCCAUCUUCUUUGAUGCCGGCCUUACGCGGACCACUUUUGACAUCCCAACUACCAAAUGUCCAUACUGCGAUUCUCUCAACGUGGAGGCCAUCAACAACAACUCCUCGCCGGCGCACCUCCUCAACAGCCAACGCCACCCGGACUCGGGCGCCCUCAUCCUCUACUGCCCGGACAGCGAAGCCCCGCGCACCGCAUUGUCCAUCUACCUCGCCACCAUCCGAAACGACCGCGACCCCCUAGCCGGCCAACCCAUCACCAGCACGAACUGGCACCUGGUGCUGGCUUACCUGGUCUACAUCACAUCACAGAGCCCGAGCGCAAGCCCUCCGCAGACGCGGCAGGCCACCCAGCUCGCGCACAGCUGGGCAGACAGCGCGCUGCCCACCGACGCGACCGCCCUCGACAGCCUCGGCCCGGCCGCCACUGCCGCGCUGCUGUACGCAACGGCCCAGUCCAGGAUGCCUCUGCACUGGGCGUCCGUGGCGCGCGCGGCGCUGCUCAAUUGCCGCGCCGACGCCGACGCCUCGCUGGUCGACGCGGGCCCGUCGCCGCGCCCGCUGUGGCUGCACCUGCCCGCCGACGACGUGCUGCGCGAGGCGGUCAGGGACCUGUGCCGGGUGCUGCGGACGCCGCGGCAGGAGUGCAUGGGGCUGACGUGCGCCGAGGUCCUCGAGACGCGCCGCGCGCUGCGCCGCAGGGCAAGGGAAGGCUCCGAGUCGGCAAGGGAGCAGCGGGAGGCGCUGCGGGGUCGCCUCGUCGACGUCGGGCUGUGGCCGCGCCGCGGCGAGGCUGGCUACCACCAGCUGGUUGGCGUCAUCGUCAAGAGCAGCGUCGUCGAGGUGCGCCAGCGCGUGCAGAUGGCAGUCAGGGCCCUGGAGCCGGCGCGCCGGAGGGAUCUGGAGAUGUUGGGCAUCAGAGUGGACAGGAUCGUGGACUCGGUGCACGUGCCGAGCUUGGAUGAGAUGUUGCGGACCGUUGCCGAUGCGCGCACUCGCAUGUCCGUCCACUUCUGA